AUGGUCCUCAAAUGCGCCCUCAAGCUCCGCCUCUUCGACGCCAUUCACUCCCACACCUCCACCAAUCAUCAAAUCUCCCUAGCAGAGCUUGCAACCUCGUUAACUAUACCUCCCACACGAAUCUCCACUCUCCAUCGCAUCCUACGCUACCUCGCUCACAUGCGUCUGCUUAACAUAACAGACGAAGAAACUUACACUCUCACCAUUGCCGCCUCAGUCUACCUCAGAGAAGGUUCAGAGAAGAGCCACGCUCCUGUUGUAAGAUAUCUCAUCGAAGAAGACAUGCUUGCUGCCAUGCAUGGCUUAGAUUCCUAUCUUGUGGAAGAAGGCAUGGCUUUGCCGAUUGAGAGGGUGCGAGGAGAGAAGUUUUUUGAAUGGGCGGGGAGGGAUGAAGGGUUGAGUAAGAGAUUUGAUGACGCUAUGAGUUGCUCGACGAGGUCGAUGAUUCAGGCGGUUGUGAGGGGACGUGGGAUGGUGUUUUCCGGCGUGAAGGUGGUGGUGGAUGUUGGAGGGGGAACGGGGAAUGUGGGGAGAGCUGUGGUUGAGGCUUUUCCGGCGGUGAAGUGUAUUGUGUAUGAUUUGCCUCAUGUGGUGAAGGAAGGGAAGGAGGGUGAAGGAGUUGUGUUUCAAGCUGGAGAUAUGUUUGUUUCUGUGCCACCUGCGGAUGCUUUUCUCCUUUCGCGAGUGCUACAUGACUGGAGCGAUGAAAAGGCUUUAGAGAUAUUAAUGCGUUGCCGAGAAGCCAUUGUUGGAGAAGAAGGAAAAUUGAUUAUAGUGGAUACGAUGAUAGCUGAAAAUGAUAGCAAAGAUAUGCAGCAUAUUAAGUUAGCUUAUGAUAUUCUGAUGAUGACCUAUGUUGGUGGGAAAGAGAGGACAGAGAAACAAUGGAGAAGCUUACUUCUUCAAGCAGGUUUUAGUCGCUGCGCCUUCACUCGUAUCAUGGCUUUGCAGCAUGUCAUAGAAGCCAGGCCUUGA